AUGUCGUUAUUACAAUGGAAGAACAGUAACGUGGUCAUGUGUAAAUUUUUCCCUGCAAGUUUGGAAGGAGAAGCAAGAAAUUGGUUUUACACCCUACCGGUGGGAUCCAUUGGAAACUAUGGAGUCUUGGUCGAAACUUUUCUCGAAACAUACAUGCAUAACAGUAUUGCCCGACCUAGGGUAAACAAACUAUUCAUUCUGGCUAGAAGAUUCAGGGAACCUUUGAGGUCUCUAACAGACAGGUGGAGGAAAUUAUAUACUGAUAUCGGGAAAGUACCAGUGGAUCAGCAAAUAUUCGGGUUUGAAAAUUCCCUCGGGAAAUUAGACCCUAUUUGGAUAGUUAUGUUUACUGAGAAGCCACAAACACUAAAAGAGAUGCGGAGGAUGCAAGAACACUACAAAGCAUUGGAGGAAAUACAGGAAAGAGCACAUCAUAGGGGAGUGCAAGAAGCUAGUAAAGCGGCGGAAGCAGUUCCCCAAGAAGUUUCGAAGCGGCCCGAGAAAAGAUCGGGUCCACAUUACAAACCCUCGGGGAAGAAGGAAUGGGUCGAAAAGGGAAAGAAGCCCCGACACAACCCAAGGACAUACACAUCCUUAAAUGCACCACUGGAGGAAAUCUUCAAGGAAGUAGAAAAAAGGAAUGACAUCAGAUACCCGAAGAUUAGACGGGUACAAUUCGAUGAGACAAAGAACCAUCCAGAAUUCUAUCAUUAUCAUCAUUUCUGGGGACACUCCACCAAUGACUGUGAAUCAUCCGAAAAGAAGUUAAAAAAGGUUACAAAAGUGAAGUUUACAAGCGUAGAAGGGCCAAAGACCAAGUGGAACUCGUUCAAACCUAGAAGACCUUACUAUCACAUUGACGAGGACGAAAAUACGAAGCCAACAAUGAAAGAAUGGAUUCCAUAUGAUGUCGUAUGA